AUGAGGGUUCCUGUUUGCGGAGUAAGAAGGGAAAACCUGCUCCCAAAGCUACCAAGCGAGUAUUUCAGGCUUCUAAACGAGACGAUAGAAUGUUCACAGGAAGAAGCACAGUUAAUAUACAACAAGUUCCGAGCGCUGGCACCGACGGGGAGGCUGACGCUGUACAACUUUCAAGAAUGCCUGGGGCUCUUUGGAACUAUCGGAAGACUCCUGGCAGAAAGAAUGUUCAGAGCGUUCGACCUGAACAAUGACGAAUACCUGGACUUCGUGGAGUUCUCGUCCUCACUGCUGGUGAUGACGAGAGGGAAGGAGGAGAAGAAGCUGGCGCUGAGCUACAGAAUCAUACACCCGAACCCACAAAACCUGCCAAACUCAAUAAUAGGAUCGCUGGAGUUGAGCGGUAUGGAGUCAAAGUCAGGAGAAGUAACGACGAGAAGACUUGAAUCAGGUAAUGAGAGAUCGGAGAACAGAGAAAGAGAAAAGGAACAAGAGGAACACUCACAGCAAAAUGAGCUAGAGAAGCAGGGAAGCGAAGAUCUGAAGACGAAGGAGCGCUCACAACUGUCGUCGUCGUCACUGGGAUUCAUUAGAAUGACGACGCAGAGUAUCAUAAACACGACGAAGAUACUGUCCUCAAUCACGGACAUGGGCUCAGAAAAGGGGAAGCGAGAAGAGGAGGAGGAAGAAGAGGAAGGAAUACAGUUUGGAGAGUUCGUGGACUUCGUGAACGACAUCGCACUGACGAAGGCGCUGCUGGUGUGCAGAGAGCCGCAGUACUACAGCAACGACAAGAUCCUAAAAAUAUUCCAAAAGUACGCCUCAGUGUCGAAGGAAGGAAUCAAGAGACUGACGCAGUCAGACUACGUCGACGCAGUGUGCGAAAGCAGUGAGUUCCUGGAGUUCCUGGGAAUAUCACUAUCGCAGUACGCAGUGGAGACAGUGAGCAGCAGCUACAAGGGAGUAAACAUGUUCCUGCAGAGAAUUAACGCAAGCACGUUCGGGUACAUCAACAGAACGAAGAUGAAGAGGAAAAACGUGUAUAAGUGGAUGAAUAACGCGGAGGCGAAGAGAGGGCUUAGCGUGCACUUCGGACACGAAAGUUGGAACAACGUGGUUAACAUGAUGAUAGGACUCUCAAUAGCAGCGAGGUACGUGUACUCGCAGCAGGAGUCGGAGCUGAGAGAAGACGACUACAGCAUUAAACUGUGCUUCGACAUCACGGAAAACGUGCAGGGACUCAACGUUAACAUGUACGUGAGGACGCCGCAGUACCCGUCACUUAAUUUCAACAGCCUCUCGGAGUACUACAAGCACACGCAGAAGAGCAGAAGGUUUAACCGAAAUUAUGCAGCUGGAAACAAGGAAGAAGUGAAGCCGGAAAGUAGACCGGAAUCGGAUCAGAAAAACGAAGAGGAAGGAAAGCUGGAGUCAGGACAAAACGGGAAAUUGGAAAGAAAGAAUAGAAGCAAUAGCUGGGAAGGAAAGCUGGGAAUAAGACCGAAUACGGAGGAACUGAGUAAGCCGGAGAACACGAAUAACCAAGAAGGGAACCACGUCAACAAGGAAAACUCGUACAGUAGCAUAAGCGUAUUUAACCUGGAGGACGCGAAAGAAGCAGAGCAGGAAGGAGGAGAAAGAGAAAACAGAGAGAUAAGUAGCAGCAGCCGCCUGAUACUGAGCAACAUGAGUAACAGUAACCUCCUGACGAGCGACAUGGACUUUAGGUUCACAAGGUUCUACAAGGAUAACCUGAACGACAUAGGAACGCAGCAGGGAGGAAGACAGUUCAACGACGCAGUGAAGUCGAGAGUCAUAUUUAAGGAGUACGCACCAAUGGUCUUCAGACAAAUAAGAAAGAUCUCAGGGAUCAGCGAAAAGGACUACACGGACUCAGUAAGUCCGGAGCAGAUCGUGGGCAGCAUGGUCCUGGGAAACCUGAGCACGAUGUCGGAGCUGGUCUCGGAGGGCAAGAGCGGGGCGCUGUUCUACUACACAAUCAACGGAAAACUGAUCCUGAAGACGGUCACGAAGGCGUGCGCGAAGUUCGUGAAGAGGUGGCUCAAGAGAUACUACGCGCACCUGAAGGAGGCGCCGACCUCGAUCCUGACGAGGUUCUACGGACUAUUCAGCAUAACGAACGUGGCGACGGACGCGGGACGCGCAGGGCACCACGGGCACUCGGCGGCGACGAAGAAGACCUACUUUGUCGUGAUGAACAACGUAUUCUACUCGCAAGUUAGCGUACACAGAAGGUUCGACCUCAAGGGAAGCUGGGUGGGCAGAGAGCUGCACCCGUCGGAGCUCAAGGACCCGACGGUGGCGCUGAAGGACGUCGACUUCGACAGGGCGGCAGAGCCUCUGCUGCUGGGCCCGAAGACGGAGGGCUUCAUGGCGACGCUGAAGAAGGACGUGGAGUUCCUGCGCGACUCGAACCUGCUCGACUACUCGCUGCUCCUGGGCGUACACUACCGCGACCAGUCGCGCGACCAGGUCAACUGGGAGGAGGACCGGGAGCCGCGCCCGGGCGACCAGCACCGCAUCAUGGCCACCGACCACAGCAGGAUCUACUACGUGGGCAUCGUGGACCUGCUGACGCCCUGGGACUUCGUGAAGCGCCUGGAGCACGCCUGGCGCGUCGUGCAGACGCGCGACCACCUCGGCGUCUCCUGCGUUAACCCGGACUUCUACUGCAGGCGCUUCGUCAAGUUCAUAUCGGACCACCUCAAGUAG